AUGGCAGCCCUACUCUCUUUUCUGGGUGCUUCUGCGCUCGUCUCCUCAACUGCCGCUCUCCCAGUCAGCCGACAAGCCUCAAUAUGGCAAGGGCUGAGCUCGAAGAUCACCCACGUCGUCUACCUGAUGAUGGAGAACCACUCGUUCGACAACAUCGCCGGAUUUUGGGACUUCAACGACAUUGACAACCUGCGCAACAUCAAUUUCUGCAACGAGUUCACCAACCCGAACUGGACAGUGUGGGAUGAACCCCUGCUGAUCUGUGCCGGCAAGUACGAGGCUGAAGUGCCCCUGAAGGACCCCGACCACAACUUCGCGGGCACCAGCUACGAGAUCUACCGCAAAUGGCAGCCAACGGCGGACGAUAUCCCGGACAUGUCAGGUUUCAUCGAGAGACAGUCUGAAAAGUACAACGCAACACCGGGAGAUUCCUCGUUUGUGAUCAAGGCCUAUGACCCCAAAAUGGCCACCACUCUCUCGACCUUGGCCCAAAACUAUGCAUUCUGGGACACCUACUUCGCCGAGCACCCGGGCCCGACUAACCCUAAUCGCCAAUUCGCAACCUCAGGUUCUACCUGCGGUUACGUGGACAACACCGACCAGGCCGCCGGCUGGUUCAGCAACACCACGGGCACCAGCUGCACGCCGUCCAUUUUCGAGGCCCUCUCGAACAAGAACAUUUCGUGGAAGAACUACUACGAGACCGACAUCAUCGACGCGCAUAUGUACAAAUGGGUCCAGGACAACGCCAUGGAUCGCCUCGUGCACGCCGACCAGUUUUACAAGGACCUCGAGAACAACGAGCUCCCCCAGUUCUCCUACAUCAACCCAGAGUGCUGCACCAUCGAUUCCAUGCACCCGACCAGCAAUAUGGCCGCGGGAGAGAUGAUGAUCAAGCAUCUCUACGACGCGCUGCGUAACUCUUCGUACUGGGAUAAUUUAAACUUCGACGAGCACGGAGGAUUCGCCGACCACGUCCCUCCUCCCGUGGGCGUGCCGGCGCCUGCUGACGGCAUCACCUUCUCAGGCAUGUCUGACGGGCACAACGUCACGUACGACUUCACGCGGCUGGGCGUGCGCGUUCCGGCCUUUGCCAUCUCGCCGUGGAUUCCGCCCAACACGCUCAUCCACGACCAGGGGACCACGUACGCCGAGAACUCGGCCUACACGCACUCGUCGAUCCUGCACUUUUUGCAGGAGCUGUGGGGUCUCGAAGGGCUAAACAACCGCGUCCAGUGGGCCAAGACGUUCGAGCACAUCUUCGCAGACACCCCGCAGGAGGGCGGUGGCUUGGUGAGCCUGCCCAGCCCGGUCUGGCACGGCGGCUUUGGCCAGCCCGAGCCCGAUGCCUUUUAUCUCUUGAACCAGGACGAGAGUUACUAUGCCAAUUUGGAUUGA